AAACUUAUGUGCUAUCCGUUUACAUAGGUUAAGACUGCAUACCGUAUAUUUCGAUAAGUCUAUUGCAGGAAUAGAAAAUUUUAGAGUAGUCAGGUUAAGUAUCUCAGAAUGUUGGCAGAACAUUCAGAUUUACGCUUAGGACCGGAUCCGAAUAUCAGUUAUCCGAUUCAAGUACAGUACUGUGGGAAUUGUUCUCUUCCUAUCGAGUACUGCGAACAUUAUCCAGAAUAUGAAAAAUGCAAACAGUGGCUAGAAAGAAACUUGCCAACCGAAUUUGAAAAAGUUAAGCUAGUAGAAGAUAAUACCACGGAAGCGGGUGGAGGUGAAGAUGAAAAGAAACGACAGAAGCGUGGUGGCAAAGGUAUGCUCAAGACCAAGAAAAAAGAAGAUGUCCCAAAAUUAGUGACUGUGUCAAGAGCUCCUAGAGGAAAGAAGAAAUCAGUCACUGUUGUGACUGGACUUAGUACUUUUGAUAUUGACUUAAAAGUAGCUGCAAAGUUUUUUGGUAGUAAAUUUGCGUGUGGAUCCAGUGUAACAGGAGAUGAUGAAAUAGUUAUACAAGGGGAUGUGAAAGAUGAUUUAUUUGAGGUGAUUCCAGAAAAGUGGCCACAGAUUGAUGAAGAUUCUAUAGAUGAUCUUGGUGAUCAGAAAAGGUAAUGGGUCAAUUAAAAGUAUUACAUGCACAA